GAGCUAAUUUUGUAACAAUGUUAACUAAAAUAAUGUUAUUUGUAAUGUUACAUCUUUCUUUUUACCUUUGUAUUGACUCAUCAUCCGUUAACCCUUACAUUGAUUCCUAUCAGUGCGAGAAUGAAUUCAAUACAAAAUUCUGUCAAACAAAAGAAAGUUUGUGUUAUGAUUUUUCACCAAAUAAUUUUUAUUCUUAUAAAUUCAGUAUCUUAUCAUUUCCAAAAAUUGAUUCAAUACAACUUUUAUCAAAUGAAUCAAAAAAUUACCUGAAUAUCACAUGGAAAGUUUCUCCUUUAUCAAAUGCUGAAAGAAAUUUAUGUACAUUAAGGAAGAUUGUUGUUUGGGUACAACCAAAAAAUGUAUUUAAUGUCGAUCUUCAGUUGUAUUGCAAUUUAUUCAAUUUAUGUAUUUAUCAAAGGGUUAGGGCUGAAAUUCUAAAUAAUACUUUUGAAUGCAGAAUUGAAGAAGAAAAUUGCUUUUGCAAAACAUUACAUCUAAAUAAGUCAAUAUUCAUUCAUGAUCUUCAUAACACUAAUAAAAAUGUAAUUGUUCCAUUACUUGAAAAGGAUAACAAUUGCCAAAUGAUAUAUUAUUCUCCUAGCUUUUUAUUUAAUCAACAACUUGCUAAUGAUAGAAACUGUGAAUAUAUAUCAUGUUCCUUAAGUUCAAAUUCAAGUGAAAAUUGUAUGUACAGUAUCUGGUAUAUAUAUAUAUUAUAUUGAUACAUUUAUAUCAUUAAUU